CAGAACGGAUCCCAGACAUUCGGCAGUAAGACGUUCACAGACAUGGUGAGAAUAAAAAUAGUGCUCCUUCUUUUUGGUGUGGCCAUUGCCCAGGCAGUUCGCUCGGAUUUGGAGGAUCAGUUGGACAUUGAACUCGGUGCGCAGGAUUACCAGCGCUUGAACAGGCUGAGACACUUGUCGGAGGAGUUCCUUGGAUAUUACCAGAAUAUUACCGUGAAGGACUUGGUGCCAGAGGGUCGUCUUCCAUCGACUUCAGAUCUGCAAUGCUAUGCCGAUUUCGCUCAAGUCACCGCCGGAUUGGCCUCCGGCAGCCUUUGGGCCUAUAGAAUGUUUGACUCCUGGGGCACAAUUCCUGCCGGUAUCCUGAAGGGCCAUCUCAAGGAUCUGGGUCACUAUGACGAGUGUGUUGCCAUCGAGCAGGAGGCCCUGACAAGUACCAUUGUGGGCAAAUACUGCCUUUCCACGCUGCCCAUUCAGCAACUACUCGGAGGAGGAGGUGGUGGUGGCGCUGGAAUGAUGAUGAAUGUCCAAACGGCAGUCUGUUUCCCUGCGUCUUGCUCGGCCACCAAUAUGGACACACUCCUCCGAAGAGUUUACCAACAGCUACUUGGAUUGGAGCUGAAUGCUAAUCAGAAUCUGGUUCGCGAACAAUCCUGCAAGACAUCGGAGCGAGAGGAACUCGAUGGGGUUACCAUUUUCACCAUAGUUCUGUUAUCGGUGUUUGCUGGGGCUGUGGCUCUCUCCACACUUUAUGACUACUUCCUCUGUGAAGACCAAACCAAACUGCCCACCAUUUUGAAGGUUUUUUCCGCUCGUGCCAACUCCCGUGCCCUGUUCCGUGUCACAACCAAAUCGAAUCCCAAUGUCAUUGAGUGUCUUCACGGAAUUCGCUGCAUGUCCUUGAUCUGGGUUUGUUUUGGUCACGACUAUAUAAUUGGGAUAACAUCGCCCAACAUUAACCUGUAUGAUGUGUAUAAGUGGGCCAAGUCACCUUUUAUGGACGUUAUCUACGAAGGUGUUUUUGCUGUGGACACGUUUUUCUUUAUCAGUGGGCUUUUGGUAGCCAUGGUUCCCCUACGUGCUAUGGAAAAAGCCAACGGAAAACUGAAUAUUCCGCUUAUGUAUCUGCAUCGCUAUCUUCGCCUUACGCCGAUCGUGGCGGUUAUGAUUCUGGUGUACCUCAAGUUGCUGCCCCGGAUUUCCGAUGGCCCCUUGUAUGGUAACUGGAACUUUGAUAACUACGACAACUGCAACGACAACUGGUAUUGGACUCUGCUCUACAUUCAAAACUUCGCUACCGACAAGGAAUGUCUAGCCCAUGCCUGGUAUCUAGCCAUCGACACUCAGUUAUAUAUCAUCGCUCCAAUUUUGCUGCUUCUGGUUUAUAAAUUUGGAAAAAAGGGGGCUGCUGUUGUAUUGCUAUUUAUGCUGGGACUCGCCGCCUAUCUAUUCAGCAUUAUGGUAAUCAAUGAUUACUCUUUAAUUUACAGCAGUGAUGAUGGACCGGAUCUUACAGGUUACACUCAUCUUCGUGCCUCCGGUUGGCUGGUUGGCUUUCUUUUUGGCUACUUCUUGCAUUCCACACGAGGCAAGUCCUUCAAGCUCAGUCGACCCAGUGUUUGGAUAGGCUGGAUUCUGAGUCUGGCUCUGCUCUGCACCUGUGUAUUUUCAAUGGAUCCUUAUGGGCGGGCCAACAUUAAGACUAUUCCCAUUUUGAACGAGGCCUUCUAUGUUUCCCUCUCGCGAAUUGCUUGGCCUUUGGGUCUGAGUUGGGUGGUCUUUGCCUGCAUGCAGGGAUACGGUGGCCUGGCCAACUCCUUCCUCACUUCACCUCUCUGGCAACCACUUUCCAAGCUCUCCUUCUGUGUCUACAUGGGUCAUCUGUUCAUUCAGAACCUCAAUGGUGGACGGACGCGGGUCAAUACCUACUUUUCUGACUACGAUGUUAUGCUACGUUUCUGGCAGGACUUUGGAUUCUCGGUUAUACUUGCCUACUUCAUGUACAUCCUGAUUGAGGCUCCUUGUGGCGGUCUGCAGAGCAUGCUUUUGCCAAACCGACGACCAGCUCCUCAACCAAAAGUUCAGCCUAUCCAAGUAGCUCUGAAUGUGCAAUCAGCGCCUAUUGAUCUUGAAAAGCAAUUGAUUGAUUCCUGGGGAUCCAUACCAUCCGGUAUCUUAAUGGGACACCUGAUGGAUCUGGGCCAUUAUGAUGAGUGUAUUAGGAUUAAUCAGGUUCUCGACUCGGGCCAUAAUCUUCUUGGAAAAUACUGUCUUGCUCAGUUGCCACUUCAUCAGUGGCUGGGAUAUUCCGAGGCUUUGAGCUUGAUUCUUCCACAAACAGGUGUCUGUUUUCCAGCCUCAUGCUCUUCUGAAAAUAUGGACGCCCUCCUCGGUGGAUUUUUCCAACAGAUACUUGGUAUAGAGUUCGACAAAAACUUGACCCUGAUCAAGGAAGGAACCUGUAAAACUUCAAAAAAGGAAUCUCUGGACGGUCUCACCAUAUUCACAAUUGUUCUUUUGUCAACUUUUGGAGCUGCUGUGGCUAUCUCCACCGUAUAUGACUAUUUUCUCUGUGAGGAUCAAACGAAACUUCCGGCCAUUCUGAAAGUUUUCUCCGCUCGUGCCAAUUCACGUUCACUUUUUCGCCUCAAUACUAAACCCAAUCCCAAUGUAAUAGAAUGCCUCAAUGGCAUUCGAUGCUUGUCAUUGAUUUGGGUUUGUUUCGGCCACGAGUACAGACUCAUGUUUAUGUCCCCGUUGUUAAACUAUGUGGAUUUGUAUUCGUGGGCCAAAGAACCGUUUAUGAUGUUCAUCAAUCAAGGCGUUUUCGCGGUGGACACCUUCUUUUUCUUAAGUGGACUCCUGGUUGCCUUGUUGUCUUUACGCACCAUGGAAAGAUCCAAAGGAAAGUUGCACGUUCCUUUGAUGUACCUUCAUCGCUUCCUGCGUGUCACUCCUAUGCUGGCUGUGGCAAUUAUUGUUUAUAUGAAAUUGUUGCCUCUCGUGGGUGACGGCCCCUUAUAUGGAAAAUGGAAUUUCGACAACUACGACAGUUGUGAGAAAAAUUGGUUUUGGACCCUGCUCUAUAUACAGAAUUAUGCCGCGGAUGAGGAAUGCUUGGCUCAUGCUUGGUAUUUGGCCAUCGAUAUGCAGCUUUACAUUCUUUCCCCAAUUUUUAUUUUUGCCGUUUACAAGUGGGGCAAAAAAGGAGCAGCAGGAGUUUUUGGGCUUCUUCUUGGACUGGCUGGUUUUCUUUUUGGUUAUAUGGCCAUAAACGAGUAUUCUUUGUUAAAUCUCACCGUAGAAGGCAGUGAGGAAAUUUCUCAUCACACCCACAAUCGCGCAUCCGGCUGGUUGGUUGGCUUUCUUUUCGGCUAUUUUCUGCACACCAUCCGGGGAAAGUCCUUUAAACUGAACCGUGUUACUGUGUGGAUUGGAUGGAUCACCAGUCUGGCUCUAUUCUUCACAGUCAUCUUUGCCAUGUACCCCUAUGGCUUAGUGAAAAAGAAAACCAUUGGAGUCAUCUCCGAAGCCUUUUAUGUUUCGCUCUCCCGAAUCGCGUGGCCUUUAGGCCUGAGCUGGGUGGUCUUUGCCUGCAUGCAAGGAUACGGAGGUCUGGCCAACUCCAUCCUCUCCUCGUCCCUGUGGCAACCGCUAUCGAAGCUUUCCUUCUCCGUCUACAUUUGGCAUUUGUUUAUUCAAAAUCUUAACCUGGGGCGGACUAGGGUUAACAUUUACUUUUCUGACUACGAUGUGAUGCUGCAUUUCUGGCAGGACUUUGGAUUCUCGCUGCUGCUAGCUUAUGUCAUGUACAUCCUGAUUGAAGCACCUUGCGGUGGUCUGGAGAACGUCUUUCCGUGGUCGGUUAUAAAAAGGCUGCCCCAAAACGGAUGCCAGACAUUCGGCAGUAAGACGUUCACAGACAUGGUGAGAAUAAAAAUAGUGCUCCUUCUUUUUGGCCUGGCCAUGGCCCAGGCAGUUCGCUCGGAUUUGGAGGUUCAGUUGGACAUUGACCUCGGUGCGCAGGAUUACCAGCGCUUGAACAGGCUGAGACACUUGUCGGAGGAGUUCCUUGGCUAUUAUCAGAAUAUUACCGUGCGGGACUUGGUGCCAGAUGGUCGUCUUCCAUCGACUUCAGAUCUGCAAUGCUAUGCCGAUUUCGCUCAAGUCACCGCUGGAUUGGCCUCCGGCAGCCUUUGGGCCUAUAGAAUGUUUGACUCCUGGGGAACAAUUCCUGCCGGUAUCCUGAAGGGCCAUCUCAAGGAUCUGGGUCACUAUGACGAGUGUGUUGCCAUCGAGCAGGAGGCCCUGACAAGUACCAUUGUGGGCAAAUACUGCCUUUCCACGCUGCCCAUUCAGCAACUACUCGGAGGAGGAGGUGGUGGUGGCGCUGGAAUGAUGAUGAAUGUCCAAACGGCAGUCUGUUUCCCUGCGUCUUGCUCGGCCACCAAUAUGGACACACUCCUCCGAAGAGUUUACCAACAGCUACUUGGAUUGGAGCUGAAUGCUAAUCAGAAUCUGGUUCGCGAACAAUCCUGCAAGACAUCGGAGCGAGAGGAACUCGAUGGGGUUACCAUUUUCACCAUAGUUCUGUUAUCGGUGUUUGCUGGGGCUGUGGCUCUCUCCACACUUUAUGACUACUUCCUCUGUGAAGACCAAACCAAACUGCCCACCAUUUUGAAGGUUUUCUCCGCUCGUGCCAACUCCCGUGCCCUGUUCCGUGUCACAACCAAACCGAACCCCAAUGUCAUUGAGUGUCUUCACGGAAUUCGCUGCAUGUCCUUGAUCUGGGUUUGCUUUGGUCACGACUAUAUAAUUGGCCUAACAUCGCCCAACAUAAAUCUGUAUGACGCGUAUGAGUGGGCAAAGACACCUUUUGUGAACGUUAUCAAUGAAGGUGUAUUUGCUGUGGACACGUUCUUCUUUAUCAGUGGCCUUUUGGUAGCCAUGGUUCCUCUGCGCGCUAUGGAGAAGGCCAAAGGAAAACUGAAUAUUCCACUUAUGUAUCUGCAUCGCUAUCUUCGCCUCACCCCCAUCGUGGCGGUUUCGAUUCUGCUGUACCUCAAGGUGCUGCCCCGGAUGGCUGAUGGCCCCUUGUACGGAAACUGGAACUUUGAUAACUACGAAAACUGCAACGACAACUGGUACUGGACUCUGCUCUACAUUCAAAACUACGCUGCCGACAAGGAAUGUUUGGCCCACACCUGGUACUUGGCCAUCGAUACUCAGUUGUAUAUCAUCGCCCCGAUCCUGCUGCUGCUUGUUUACAAAUUUGGCAAGAAAGGAGCUGCUGUGGUGCUUUUGUUUAUGCUGGGUCUCGCUGCCUAUUUGUUCAGCAUUAUGGUUAUCAACGACUACUCCUUACUGAACGGCGGAGGCGGCGAUGGUGGCACGGAUCUCUCGCAUUACACCCACACUCGUGCCUCUGGCUGGCUGGUGGGCUUCCUUUUCGGCUACUUUCUCCACUCCACAAGGGGAAAGUCCUUCAAGCUUAACCGACCCAGUGUCUGGAUAGGCUGGAUUCUUAGUCUGGCUCUGCUCUGCACCUGCAUUUUUGCCAUGGAACCUUAUGGAACAGGCAAGAGUAAGACUAUUCCCAUUUUGAACGAGGCCUUCUAUGUUUCCCUUUCGCGAAUUGCUUGGCCGUUGGGUCUGAGCUGGGUGGUAUUUGCCUGCAUGCAAGGAUAUGGAGGUCUGGCCAACUCCUUCCUCACCUCACCCCUCUGGCAACCACUGUCCAAGCUCUCCUUCUGUGUCUACAUGGGUCAUCUGUUCAUUCAGAACCUCAAUGGUGGACGAACGCGGGUCAAUACCUACUUUUCUGACUACGAUAUUAUGCUACGUUUCUGGCAGGACUUUGGAUUCUCGGUUAUACUUGCCUACUUUAUGUACAUCCUAAUUGAAGCUCCCUGCGGUGGACUGGAGAGCAUGCUUUUGCCAAACCGACGACCAGCUCCCCAACCAAAAGCCCAGCCAGCCCAAGUAGUACCCGAGCUACAGCAGUCACCUGUCGAUCUUGAGAAGCAACCAGAGGCAAUUUCUCCUGUAGAUGAUAGUUCCCAGGCCACAGCUCCUCCUCUGGAAACCAAGGCUGAGUUGCCAACGAACAAUGAAAAGGAAAUCGAAGACAGUAGUUAGAGAUUCGGUAGGAUGUUUAAGCCAUGUGAAUAAUUUAUUUAUGUUUAUUUUUAGUUUUUAAAUGUAAAAUAUACAAUUUUUAUCACAUACUUGAGUCUGUUUUGAUUUGAUUCUUUAAAUUGAAGAUCUUUACAUCAAAGGUGUUUAUAUUUCUUUAAAAAAUCAGAAUAAUCACAAAAUAUUCAUAGUAUUAUGUCAUAUAUAGAUUUAUGACUAUUUGGGAUUCCACAAUUGUACUUGUGGGUAUGUUAUCAAAAUAUAACAUAUUUUAUUAAUGAUUAAAUGGUUUCUAUA